AUGACCAGCACGAGCACGACCAACACGUACCGACUGUACCUAACGAACGCCUUUGGCAUAGCCUCCAAAUUUGGUGACUUCCGCCAUGCUCUCGCACUCCACUCUCCCGACAUCGCUAUCGUUACCGAAACCAAGCUCACGGUAGAAGCAAUGGAGGAGCUCAGUGCUGCUCAUCACCUCACCCAACACGUGCUUGAGCCAACCAGGGGCAACAACACCCUGGACCUGGUCCUUUCCGAUUUUGACACCCCGGUCAUGUCUACUGUGCAUCCACCUCUCGGCCGAUCUGACCAUGCCAGUGUGAUUACCGACCUCCAGCGUGCUCCACCACACCGGGAGCCUCCGACCUCGAGGUGUGUGUGGCGCUAUAAUUUGGCUGACUGGCCACGUUUAAAGCACUUCUUCCGGCAAACAGAGUGGUCCUCUAUCAUCACUGACAACAUUGACCUGUCAUGCGAGCGGCUGACUGGCAAGAUCUCUGAGGGCAUGACAACGUUCAUCCCGUCCAAGAGCCUCAAACUGCACAGUACCGACCCAGUGUGGUGGACACCAGAGUGCCCCGAAGCCACCAAGAGGAAGCGAAAUGCAUGGAAGCGACUCCGUCUGCAUCCAGCAGAUGCACAACUCCAACUGGCUUAUACCCAAGCCACAGCCACUGCCUCAGCAUGCCUUAAGAGAGCUGAAGAUACCCAUGCAGCAACCAUCCAUCGAAGGCUCGCAGCAGGUGGUUUAUCCAGUCGUGAAUGGUGGUCCACUGUCAAGUGUGCCGGUGGGUGUGGGCGUAGCCAUGACAUCCCUACCCUCAAGGAGGAAAACAGCGCGGAGCUCACCACUGGUAAGGACAAAGCAGAGAGCUUUGCCCGCUACUUUUCAGCGAAAUGCAGCCUUGGUGAUGACCUUGAUGCCAGCAACCUUCCGUAUGUCCGCCCCCGAUCUGAUGCCUGUCUGAGUACCAUCCACUUUAGGCCACGAACGGUAUGCCGUGAACUGAGGAAGAUUGUCCCGUCCAAAGCCACUGGCUCGGAUGGUGUGCCAGGACAAGUAUCGAAGCAGUGCUGUGAGGAACUGUGCAGGCCUGUGGUUCAGCUUUUCAGCGAAGCAUUCCGCCAAGGCCGGCAACCGUCACUGUGGAAGCUUGCCUCAGUAGUACCUGUACACAAGAAGGAUUCGAAGUCCGCAACAAAGAACUACCGGCCCAUAUCCCUGCUGCCAAUACUGUAA